AUGUCCCGCCCGCCUAUCCCACGUUCCUCCGUUGCGAGUGGCCUUGCGCCUCCUCUUGCGCCGCCUGGGUACCCAGGCAGUGUUCACGCAUCUGGAGUCUUUCCACCGCCACCGCCGCUCAGUGCAGCACCUAGUCGCCCGCAAUCCCGCGUUGAGCCUCCUCCUCUGAGCGCAACCCUUGGCCCAAUGCCGGGAACUCUUGAACGCCCCAUAGCCGGCCCUAGGAAGCGUCUUAUUGUCACUUGUGACGGCACAUGGCUCGAUGCGGACAACGGGCUGUCAAAUGGUCAGAAGCAGAUACCCUCAAAUGUCUCAAGGAUAGGCUGGGCUAUCAAAGAUACUUCCAGAGACGGAAUUCCUCAGGUUGUCAACUACCAGGCCGGCGUUGGCACCAUGGGUGGGCGCGCCUCCCGCACUUUCAGCGGCGCCACUGGUUUCGGCUUGAAAGAGAACAUGCGCGAAGCAUACACUUACCUUGCAAUCAACUGGAAGGCUGGAGAUGAAAUGUUCCUCAUGGGCUUUAGCCGUGGUGCAUUCACGGCACGAAGUAUUGGGGGUAUGAUCGGAGCCCUUGGCCUACUGACCAGGGCUGGUCUACCAUUUUUCAAUGAAAUCUUCGAGGAUUGGGAGCAUCGUUUCGAUGAGCGGUACGAAAGCAAGUACCCAGAAACACCAUUUCCAGAUAAAGGUCCCUUCGAUCAACAUUAUGUGGAUGAAUUGGUGAAGAGGGGCUUGACAAUCAUGAAUGUGCCUAUCAAAGCUAUCUGCUGCUGGGACACGGUUGGCAGUUUGGGCAUUCCGAAGACCGGGCUGUUGAGUUCUAUUGGAAUAGUGAACCCAGGCGUGCAUGAGUACGAAUUUUAUGACACCCGACUGCAUCCGUGUAUCGAAAAUGCCUUCCAAGCUCUUGCACUGGACGAACGAAGAUCCCCAUUUUCACCAGCUCUUUGGGAGAAGCGUGACAAUGAUCGUACGAAUUUGGUUCAGUGCUGGUUUCCUGGCGUACACAGCAAUGUUGGGGGAGGGUAUGAGGACCAGGAUCUUUCAAAUAUUACCCUGGCGUGGAUGAUGAGCAAGCUUGAACCAUUCCUGGACUUCCGUUCAAAUUUUCUAAUCGGUCUUUGGGAGGAAAAUCGACGUACUUAUAAAUUAAGUGGACAGAAGACUCGGCCAUGGGCUUUUGGGGAGCUGUACAACUCUGUUAAGGGCUUUUACUCGCUGACGGGCACAAAAACAAGAACACCAGGGAACUACUACCGUACAGAUCCCCAAAAUGGCCGACCAACGUCUAAGAGGCUAAAGAACACAAACGAAUUCAUCCACGCGAGCGUCAGGGCUAGAUUGGGCUUGCAAGGUCCGGGUUCGCAGGACCGAGGCAUCUAUGAUCCACCAGCAUUGAAAGAUUGGACCUUCGAGGCGGAGAUGCUUCCUCCUGGACAGGGCGGUAAUGCCGACCACCUUGCGGUCAUCUGGACGGAUCACAAUGCGAAGAACACUGGCGGACAGGAGAAGAUACCCGAGGCGAUCAUCUCAGAAACAGAAUUGGUCCUCCUGAAACAAACCCCUCGAACAUAUGACUACGUGUUGGACCUGCGGCCUUCCGCAAAGGAAAAGAGAAGAAGUCGCCGCGUUGAACAAUUUGAUGGUGCCCCUCCUCCAAGGCCAUCAUCUCAGGCACCACCGCAUGCAAGUGGUAGAAGAACUGGAAGAUUAAAUCCUGAUGGACUCCCCGAAUCCGAGGAGGAUAGAGAACGACGGAAGAGACGGAGUCACCGAGAGAGUCGAGAUCCAGAGAAAGCCCGACGGCGAAGAAGUCGACGGUACGAUGAAUGA